AUGCGUUUCGCCUGGAUCACUGCGGCCCUUGUCGCCGGCUGUCUCGGAGCUCCCACGACCAACCCAUUCAACCCCAAUGGUGAUGUGGCUCCUACUACUAUUGACAGAAAAACCGCGAUUGCUAACGAGCUUCCAGAACAAUGUAUGACUCGUUCCCGCCAUGUCACUUUGAUCUAUACUGACAAGCCAGGGCACUGUGCUGUCCAGACAAACAAUGUCAGCUUUGUGAGAAUCCCCGUCGAAGACUUGAGCUGCCGGAAGCUAAAGAUGCGCUCCGGUCCCCCGAGUGACGGCAACGUGGACCCUGUGAAUGAAGGCGAUGUUACCAACAACAUCUCCUUCCUUCGCUUAUGCUAG